AGACAGAACCAAUCUAAAGUAUGACGAACCUGUGCUGAUGUGUUAGCUGUAGCUCACCUGAGGAACCUCCUGAAGCUCUGAUAGCAAACCCUCAGUUCUGUCUAUAAUGCAAGUGGAACACGCCCAUACAAGAUGUUGGGUGUGUGUACUAAGCUGCCUUCUGCUCGCCUGUCUGUAUGUCAGCAGUUUGUACGUCUGGAGAAGCAGCUUACCCAGGGACCAUCCCAGUGUGAUUAAGCGUCGCUGUGCCAGUGUGCUGCUGGUCUCCGCAAUGUCACCUGCAGUGGUGAAGGCAUGGAUGCAAUGGGCUGAUGUCAGGGUCCACGUGUCUGUGUGGGAGUUGAUGGGAGUUCGUUUGGAAGGUCUGAUUCCUGCAGCCAUACUGCCACUGCUACUAACUAUGGUAUUUUAUCUCGGUACCCUGGUUCAUUCUGCGAUGGACAACCCCGAAGGCUUCACUGGGGAACUGCAGUCUGCACUAGAUGUUCAGUCAUGGAGGAUGUGUGUGGGAGAUGCAGUGUGGCUCAGGAACCAGCUGGUGGCACCAGUGACAGAGGAGCUGGUGUUCAGAGGGGCCAUGCUGCCCAUGCUGGUGCCCUGCACUGGACCCACAACUGCCAUCUUCAUGGCUCCGCUGUUGUUCGGUGUUGCCCAUUUCCACCAUAUCAUAGAGCAAUGGCACCUCCACAAGGACAGUAUGAGUGUCAUCCUCUUGGUGUCAGGGAUGCAGUUCUUGUACACAACUGUGUUUGGUGCCUUUACUGCCUUUAUAUUCAUGAGAACUGGUCAUGUUGUGGGUCCAGUUUUGUGCCAUUCAUUCUGUAACAGUAAGGGCCUGCCUGACAUCAGCUCUGCCCUGCAACAUCCUCAACGAUCAGCUCUACUCUUCUCUUAUCUCAUGGGGUUGCUGCUGUUUCUGGUGCUACUCUUCCCACUGACAGACCCCGUCUUUUAUGGUGCUAUUCCCAUCUGUAGCCUGGCUCCCUCUCCAGCGUCUGUAUGCUAGACUAAAUUAAAUAAAAAUGUACUCCGCUCUUAAAA